GAAACACGCUGGCCAGUGGAAGCUUCGACAACACGGUGAUGAUUUGGGACCUGACCUCUAAGGUCUGCAAAGCUACUCUAGAGGGCCACGCUGCCAGCAUCAAAUCUGUUUGCAGGAUUGACCCUGCCACCCUGGCCAGCGGGGCCCGUAGUGGCUCAAUCAGGAUUUGGGACCUUCCAUCCGGCAAGUGCCGUUCAGAGUUCCGGGCGCAUGAGGGAGACGUGAAUGCCUUGUGCCAGAUGGAUGCUACCACCUUGGCGAGCGGGAGCUCGGACGACUCCAUCAAAGUCUGGAACCUGUCCUCGGAGGGCUGCAUGGCAAGUCUCCUGGGACAUACGAGCUCAGUCUUGGCGCUAUGCAAGCUGGGGGAGAAUACCAUUGCCAGCGGCAGCCUAGAUCAGAGCAUCAAGAUAUGGGACCUCACAUCCAAAAGCUGCACACACACCUUGGUUGGUCACACAAGCGGUGUUUGCGCACUGUGCAGGGUCACCCCAACGCUCUUGGUCAGUGGCAGUGGGGAUAAGACCGUUAAAGUCUGGGAGCUUCCCUCUGGGACAUGCAAGGCCACCUUAGGGGGCCACAGAGGCGACGUCUUGGCAGUGUGCAGAAUCAACUCAUCCACGGUCGCCAGUGCAAGUGGCGACGGGGAUGUAAGGAUUUUUGACCUUACUUUCAACUCACUGAUCGGAACGCUG